AAACGCACCAUUUGUUGUCUGUCACAGAAAGUAAAAAUACGCUAUAUUUACAAAUUUCCAUUAACCGAUUCGCCAUACACUGCCAUAAUAAUCAACAAUCCAUUCCACUGUUAAUUAGGCUACUAAUAUCGGUAACUUGUAGAAUAAUUAUUUAGCAAAAUGUCACGAGUUUGCUACGUUUACAUUUUACUGGCAGGAAUUCUUCACACGUCAGCACAGGUUAAUUUCCGGGAUAGUGAUUCAAAAUCGCGACAAGAGAAUCAUCGGCCUCUCCAAAUUUCCCUAUCAGCAAUCGAACAGCUAUCCAAUCUCUCACAAACCAGCGAAUUGAAUGAAAUCCUUAAACAUCUACUUGUUGAGCGUGUGGUAGGAACGCAAGGUCACGAAAAUGUGAGAAACUACAUCGUGGAUUAUAUGCGCAAUUUGAACUGGCAUGUAGAGCUGGAUGAAUUUGUGGAUAAUACACCAAUUUUUGGGAAACUCAAAUUUGCGAACAUUAUCGCAACUUUGAAUCCCACCGCAGAACGGUUUCUAGUGUUGGCGUGCCAUUACGAUAGUAAAUAUUUCAAGGACCAAGUAUUCAUAGGGGCAACAGAUUCGGCCGUCCCAUGUGCCAUGAUGCUGGAUCUGGCAAAUACGAUGCAAUCGCAAUUGAACGCUAAGCGGUCCGACAAUAGCCUAAGCCUUCAGUUAGUUUUCUUCGAUGGUGAAGAAGCAUUCCAUCAGUGGGGACCUAAAGAUUCAAUUUAUGGCGCUCGUAAUCUUGCUGCUCGUUGGGAAAAGGAAAACAAACUGAAGCACAUUGAUGUUUUGCUGCUUUUGGAUUUGCUCGGAACGCCAGACCCUCAUUUUUAUAGUUACUUCAAGAAUACAGAGUCUUGGUAUGUUCAACUAUUGUCGGCAGAAGAGCGGCUCGAUCAGGCUGGACACUUGGAACGGUACAGUUACAGUAGUGUAACACCAAACCAGCAAACGGUGCGAUACUUCCAGCCCCACUCGUACCACGCCGGCAUCGAAGACGACCAUAUUCCAUUCCUGCAACGAAACAUUCCGAUCCUGCAUAUGAUUCCCGCUCCUUUCCCGGAUUGUUGGCACAAGAUUUGCGAUGAUGCUAGUGCUGUCGAUAUCAGCACUGUGCAAAACCUUAUCAAAAUCCUGCGUGUGUUUGUGUCGGAGUAUAUGCACCUGAAUAUAUGACGAAUAGAUCGCGGGCGGAUUAUAGGCGAUGAACUUUGAUAAAAAAAAAAUAUGCUUCCACUGUUAGUGACGGCGUUUUUGUUACAUCAAGGACACAAUGUACUUCAGUUUUAUACAGUUUCUUUCUCCUUCCAGUUUUUAUACAUUUGAUUUGGUAUUGUACAUAAAUAAGAUCCAAUUGAAAGUGCAAUUUUAUAAGUAUGGCUAGUAUUUUUUGCUGUGACCUUAGGAUUAUUGUAAAAAAAUAUUUGUAAUACAUAACUAAGAAUAAAACAAACGGGAAUAAAACAUUUUGAGACGAAAA